CAAAGGAGCCAUUUCUUUUCUAUACUAAAGCAUAACUCUCAACACAGACCAAGAGUCUGUGGGCUGGGUCCUGCACGAGCUGAAAUCUCCAUCCUCACUGGAUACUGCCCAGUGGAGCAGGGAAGCCACUUUGCUCCAACAAAAUGGUGGCACAGAAAAAGCCUCCCAAGACCAUGAGCCCCUUUUCGCUCCCUGCCCAGGUCCCAGGUGGGCCAUACCCAUUCCCAUAGCUUUUCCAGACUGAUUUCCCCUGUCAGCUAUUCAUCCCCAAGCAGCGCAGUAACUCCAAUUGCUUCUUUCUCACCCUCCCUCUUCAUGCCGUACCUUCUAUAGGACGCAAAUCCCACCUGUGUCUUGUGAAGCACUGAAAAUUCAUUUGUAACUAAUGAAACUUCAGCUAUGUUUGCAAUGAACUCCAACUCUGAGUUGCUGCCCUGCUGCCCAUUCUUUUACUUUGGGCAACGUCACACUCGCAGUUCCUCUUUGUUUUCAGCAGGGGCGGCUCUCACCCUCCAGAGGCAAGGCCCUUCCUGGGUCAGCCCUGAUGGAAGGGCGGGCUGAGCUGUCCCAGUCAGCAGGCUCUUCCAUCCAGGUGUGCCCUGGCCAACUCCAUCCCCAGCAUCAUCACCAGGAGCAAGGUGGUCCAGAGCCAGUGAUGAGUGGCAGCCAGGGCACCUGAGUCCUGGGCUCCCCGUGGGUGGGGGAGCAAGGGGAGACAAACUACUGGCGGGGAAGAACGUUUGUGGAGAAGGAGGAUGUUUACAAAUAUUAUCCUGCAGUUCCAUGUAUGUGCCAUUGUGGUCCUAGAAUUCUGUACAGAAAGGGCCUUCAGGUGGCAAUCCUAUUGGGAUUAAGAGGAAAUUACAUUCCUAUAGCUCUUUCCUUAAUACGGAGACAUCAUCACAACAAAGAAUGAGAGUAUGAUGGAAAUCUGGGGGCUAACACACCUAAAGUAUCCCCGUUGUUGUUGCCACCACACAAGGCUUCUCCUUGGAGAUAUGGCACAUGUGGCUUUAUGGGGCUCAGGGUCAGUAGCAUUUGGGUGGCAAAAUAGUUAAAACCCUGACUUUGUGGUCUGCCAGGGCCACAGGAGAAGUUUCCUGGUUGAAGCUUCUCCUUUGAUAGGCAGAGAGCCUUCUUUCGGGUUUCUACCAGAUGAACAGAGAUGUGAGCUGAGGGGGUGUAUGGGGGAAGGAGGGAGACACCACCAUCCUCUAAAGCCUGUGCCUGGUCUGGAUCUCCCAGCAGGACCAGCUGACCAUGGAGACGGGAAACCACACGAGCGCCUCCCAGUUCAUCCUCCUUGGUCUCUCCAGCCAGCCUGAGAGGCAGGAGCUGAUCUUCGGGCUCUUCCUUCUCAUGUACCUGGUUGGGGUGGCCGGGAACCUGCUCAUCAUCCUGGCUAUUGGCUCGAACUCCCGCCUCCACACGCCCAUGUACUUCUUUCUCAGCAGCCUCUCCCUGGUGGAUGUCUGCUUCAUCUCCGCCACAGUCCCCAAGAUGCUUGAGAACAUCCAGACACAGAACCGGCCCAUUUCCUAUGGCGGCUGCCUAACCCAGAUCUACUUCUGCAUCUUGCUUGCAAACAUGGACAACUUCCUCCUGACGGCCACGGCUUAUGACCGCUGCGUGGCGAUACGCCAGCCCCUGCACUACUCCACAAUGAUGAGUCUGCCAGCCUGUGCCCUGAUGCUCGUGAGCGCCUGGCUCGUUGUCAACCUCCACUCCCUGCUGCACACCCUCCUCAUGGCCCGGCUGGACUUCUGUGCCAGCAACGUCAUCCCUUACUUCUUCUGUGACCUUUCCCUGCUCCAGCUCUCCUGCUCCAACACCCUGCCCAAUCAACUCAUGAUUCUGCUAGUGGGGGGCCUGACCGUCCUCAUCCCCUUCCUCAGCAUCCUCGUCUCCUAUGCGCACAUCGUGUCUGCUGUGCUCAGGGCCCCAUCUGCCCGGGGAAAACAGAAGGCCUUCUCUACCUGUGGCUCCCAGCUUGCUGUGGUCAUGCUCUUCUAUGGGACCAUCACAGGGGUCUACCUGAGUCCCUCACCCUCCCACUCAGCUGACAAGGAUUCACUGGCUUCAGUCAUGUACAUGGUGGUCACCCCCACGCUGAAUCCCUUUAUCUACUGCCUGAGGAACGAGGACAUGAAGGGAGCUCUGUGGAAACUGGUCAGUGUAAAGGCUGCAUUCCAUGGGCUAUGAUAGCAGAGCUCCCCUUUGGGGCCUCUGUGCUGGGAAGGGAGAUGAACCCCAGGGACAGGCUCAACACACAGAGGGUGGGAGGAGCAGACCUCACUGUCCUGUGUUGUCACUGUGGCCAGCAAAGCCUUUCACUGCUCCAUAAGUAAUCUGCAGGUUCAAAAUAUCUCGACCCCUGUGCUGACUGCCUAGACUACCAAGAGGGGAAUAAACUCUCCCACAAAGACAAAACCACAUAAACAGAUAUAAAGGAGCUCUAUCUGCAGACCCUCCGGAGAGAGUUCACAUGAGAACAGUGAGUUCAUAGCCGUCUGUGACCUGUGCUGGUGGGCUUCCCUGGUGGCUCAGGCG